CACCUUCAUAGUUCAUUCAAUACAGUAUUGAGUGAGUUGUAGAUUGCUGGCUAUGGUGAUAGUGGUUUUGGACUUUGAUCGUACCAUUAUCGACGACGACAGUGACAGAUGGGUGAUCAACCAAAUGGGUCUCUCUGAUCUUUUCAAUCAACUCCGCGCCACCAUGCCAUCGUGGACCUCUCUCAUGGACAGGAUGAUGGAAGAGCUUCACUCCAAAGGGAUUACCACCGACAAAAUUGCAAACUGCCUUAAAACUGCUUUCCUCAGUCCAAACAUCGUCUCUGCCAUCAAAUCCGCACACUCACUUGGAUGUGAUUUAAGGAUAAUUAGCGAUGCCAAUUUGUUUUAUAUUCAGACUAUUCUUGAACAUCAUAAUAUUUUAGGGUGUUUUUCUCAAAUUAAUACAAACCCAACAUUUGUUGAUGAAAAGGGUCGCCUUUGUAUCACUCCAUUUCAUGAUUCAAAGACAUUGCCUCCUCAUGAUUGUCAACUCUGUCCUUCCAAUAUGUGCAAGGGUUUGGUAAUAGACCGAAUCCGAGGUUCUUUACCUGAAAGCAAAACAAGAUUCAUCUACGUUGGAGAUGGAGCAGGUGAUUAUUGCCCUACUUUGAAGCUUGAGGGAGGUGAUUUUGUGAUGCCUAGGAAGAAUUAUCCCCUCUGGAACAGGAUCUGCAGUGAUCCAAAACUAGUUCAUGCAAAAGUUCAUGAUUGGAGCAAUGGAGAGGAGUUGGAGAGCAUACUACUCAACCUUGUCAACAAAGCCACAUAGCUCAAAAGACUACCAGCCCACCAGACUGUGGAAGAAUCUCAUGUCUGUCAUGUUUCAAGUUAAGGGGGGCAAUAGUUUCUAGUACAGUGGAGAAUGAGUAAAGGGUAACAGUGCCACUUUUUAUCUGAAUUAACCAUUCAACUGCUGUGAGUUUUCCUUUGCAUCCUUCAAUUCUUACAUAAAAAUGAGAUGCUUGGAAUUACCUAUACAUUCUUCUUUGUUGCUAACAACACAAUUAGAGAAAGCUUAUUUGUAUGAUGCUAACUUUUUCCAGUAAUCGGUGCUUGCUUCGUGCUGCAAAGCCAUGGCCUAGCAGCCCUGACAGACGCUUCUUUUCUGUAACUGAGAGUUUGUGUAAUUGUUGUUUUUUUGUUUAUUCUACGUCUUCUUUGUCUUCAAUCACUUUUCUGCUACUUGAAAAGAUGAUUCUUUUGCUUGUUUACUUACUAUAGACCAAAAUUAUAGUUACUAAUUUGUACAUAACUCUCGAAUAAAGUGUACUUAAUAAUUUCCACACAA